AUGUUGCUUAUCCAUAAUUUGUCCCUCAAUAAUCUCCAUCAGAUGGAAACUGCUAUUUCCCUACGCUAUUGUCCCUUUCCCUACACCUCCAAAGGAUUUCAAGGGGCAGGGUCUGGCAGAUUUCAUCUCAGGUUUAACCAUGCCGCACCUCUUUCUGCCCCUCAAUUUUCCACCACCAGAUACCCAGUUUCACGUUCAGUUAGGCAUGCAAAUUGCAUAUUUGAAAGAUUCUCUCAGCCCUCCCACAACGAGGGAAGAGGCAGCAAAAUUUUGAGAGGGGUGACAGGAGCUUCUCUUAUGCUGGCAUGUGUUCUUGGAUUGUUUAACUUUAAGAUGAAUCCUAAACUCACCACAGCUCAUGCUCGUUUUUCAUAUGGUGAUCCUAAUACAUCAUAUUUUAAGCAUGAUGAAUAUAAGGUAGAAGGUCAAGGAAGGUUUGCAGUUAAGUCACUGUUGGAAACAAUGACCGAUUCAAAAGCUGCAACCAUUCAGAACCAGGAAAUCCCUACCAAAUUUGAUGACCGUGGACCUAGCGGAUAUGAUGUUAAAAUCCUGAAGUUGAUUGCUAUUGGUCAAAGCCAAUCUGAGAAGGGACGUAAAGCACUGAAAACACUGAUAGACCAAUACGGUGAGUGCAUGAACAAGAACCCAGAGGCAGAAGGGUACCUUGCCGUGGCUCUGGUAGAAGUUUACUUUUUUCAGAAUAACUUGGAAGAUGCGCGUAAAAUCCUUGAGCAGCAAAUUGAUGCACUUCUUCGAACUAAGAAGACAGAGAAGUGUGAUGAACUAUUGAAACUGUACCAUUCUGAUGAGUGUGGACACCCUAAACUGUGGAUAGCUCAACUAAUACUUCACAAGGCCAUUGUUCACACCAUGUUGGAAGACAAGGAAGGAUCAAGAUGGAGGAAAGGUAGUCAUGAAGCAGCGAAAUGGCGAAAAGCAUUCUUCCAAAUAUUUUGA